CUAAAUGUCCCGCUGCAGGAUGGAGCAGACAGCUGCGAGAAUCUGAUAAUAUUCUUUGUGCGUGCUCUACCAUCGGACAGUUUAUUCUUUGUAGCCUGAGCAGCUCCCGCACUGAAAAGCCAACAGCAGAACUUCCUCACCAUGUCCUUGCGGAGGUUUAGGAGCACCCCUAAAACGUCGGGGGAAGUCAACGUGGUGACAGAAGAGCUGAAAAAUCUUUAUUACAAGAGGCUGUUGCCAAUAGAGAAACACUAUUCUUUCCAUCACUUCCAUUCACCGAGCUAUGAAGAUGCAGAUUUUGACAACAAACCAAUGGUGCUGGUGAUGGGUCAGUAUUCGACAGGAAAGACCACUUUCAUCCGGUAUCUGAUAGAGCAGGAUUUUGCUGGUAGCAGAGUGGGACCAGAGCCAACCACUGAUUGCUUCACUGCCCUUAUGCAUGGAGAGGAAGAGCAAAUCAUACCUGGGAAUGCCCUUACAAUGGAUCCAAAAAAGCCCUUUCGCAACCUAGAUCCUUUUGGGAAUUCAUUUCUAAACAGGUUUCAAUGUGUCCAGAUGCCAAAUCAACUUCUUGAAAGUAUCAGUAUAAUUGAUACUCCCGGGAUCUUAACUGCUGCUAAAAGAAAACUAAGUCGAGGGUAUGACUUCCCAGCAGUGCUGCGCUGGUUUGCAGAGCGUGUGGAUCGGAUCAUCCUGCUGUUCGAUGCACACAAACUGGAGUUCUCUGAUGAGCUCACUCGGGCCUUUGGGGCUCUUUGUGGCUAUGAGGACAAGUUGCGUGUGGUUCUCAACAAAGCUGACAGGGUGGACUCUCAGCAGCUCAUGAGGGUCUAUGGUGCCCUCAUGUGGUCAUUGGGGAAAGUAUUUCGAACCCCAGAAAUCUUGCGGGUGUACAUUGGAUCCUUCUGGUCAGAGCCGAGGCAGAUGUGUGACCACUACCACCUGAUAGAGCUGGAGGAGGAGGACCUCCUGACUGACAUAAGAAACCUGCCACGCAAUGCUGCAGUCCGCAAGCUGAAUGAUCUGGUGAAGAGGGCACGCUUAGUGAGGGCUCAUGCACACAUUAUCAGCUAUCUGAAGCAGGAGAUGCCUACAAUUUUUUGCAAAGAGAGUAAAAAGCACAAUCUGAUCUACCAGCUUCCUGUCAUUUUCAACAAGAUCCAGCAACAACGCCAAGUCCCAGCCGGCGACUUUCCUGACUGCACCAAGAUGCAGGAGAAACUUCUGGGACAAGACUUCUCAAAGUUCAAGACACUGAAGUCAAGUUUAAUGACCUCCCUGGAUAAACUGCUUACCAGUGACAUAGCUAAACUGGUUCCCUUGCUCCAGCAACAAGAACAGAUGAAGAAAUCUCUGCCCAGUGUUUUGGAUGGAGAAUUUUUGGGAACAUUCAGGCGUGAACAAUUCCGGAAAGAUCCUUUCAAGGAGCUCCCCAAAGAUGAUGAAAGCAGUGAGGCAGAUUUGGAUGAGUGGGUUGUGGAGAAAUACAAGCCAAAAUAUGAUGAGAUUUUCUACAACCUAAGUCCACACGAUGGCAAACUCAGCGGCGCUAAGGUGAAAGAGUGGAUGACAUCUACUCUGCUGCCCAAUUCUGUGCUCGCUCACAUCUGGAGGCUGUCGGAUGUCGAUGGAGAUGGUAUGCUGGACAACGAGGAGUUUGCUUUGGCAGUCCACCUAAUCGAGGGAAAACUGGAGGGCUACUGGCUUCCAAAAGAACUUCCCUUUCACCUGGUGCCACCGUCCAAACGGUUAAGUACAGCAAGCGAUCCAUCAGAAUAAUCAAAUGGAGAGAAUGGGAUGUGGAUGCUUUUCAUGUAAAAUGUGUACAAAAAGUUCUUUAUAUCAAAAUCUAGUCAUGAUGGCUUGCAGUUAAAAAGAACUGGUCUGAUAUUCAAAUACUAUUUGCAUGAUUACAUCAUUAAUUACAUAUGCACAUGUAUGUAUAGAUAUGUUAUGUAUCAAAACUGGAACAGUGAUUUUCAUCUACCUAAAACAUUUUCCAAUAACUUUAAACUUGA